AGGCAAACCAACCAAUAACCUCGUAUUGUAACCAAACAAUCUCAAGGCACAACCAAGCACCACCGUAGCGACUCGUCGAACCGCGUUUGGCUUUGUGCUGUACUGUUCGUGACGCAGUCUUCGUUCCCAUUCGCUUUUAUACCGUUUUCCAUUUGGGACUUUCAUACAACGUUUCUCCCACCUGGAUUGAUUGACUGAUUGUUUGAUUGACUAAUUCAUUCAUUAGUAGAUCUAAUCAAUCAACCAACCAACCAACGAAGCAACGAACGAAGCGACCAACAAUAAUCUACCAACAGUAACGAAUUGUAACUCACGAUGAAGUUCUCCACCGCCGCCUUGAUCUUCGCCGUCAGCGCUACGGCGUCCACCGCCUUUGUACCGCACGCGUUCGUCUCGCCCAAGAGUCCCCGUCCCGCGUUGUUUUCUACGGAACUUCGCAAGACCGACGUGACUGCGGACCUCAAGAAUGGUGUCACCGUCAACCCGUUCGACCAAUCCGCUUUGGCGGCGGGCGUCUCACCGUUGACCGAAACCGGCACCGCUACUACGAGCAGUAGUCAACACUGGGACCCCCAAGCUGACGCCGAACUCGCCAAGCUCGCCGCGAUCGAAGCUCGUGCGGGAGCUGCCGCCUACAUGGGCCAGUACGAAGCACAGUCGGGAGCCUCGCUCAUUUACAGCAAACUCGUGGAACACGGCGUCACGGUGGUCAACGGAUUUUCGGGCGGCGCCGUCCUGCCCUUGCUGGAUCAGUUUCACGAAGGGCACCCGCGACACGAAACCAGCGGCGUGACACCGAUACGAUGGAUCACCAACUCCAACGAAGCGUCCUCGGGACACAUUGCCGAAGGAUACGCAAAAUCCAUGCCCAUCAACGGGCCCCAUAAACCCGUAGGAGUCGCCGUGGCGACUUCGGGACCCGGCGUCACCAACUUGAUCACACCGUUGCAGGACGCCAUCUGCGACGGUGUCCCCCUGGUCGUCCUCUGUGGACAAGCCGCGACCGUGGCUCCGGAAGACGCCUUUCAGAGCUCACCAGCCGUGGAUCUCACCCGACCCUGCACCAAGUGGAGCUACCAAAUCAAGAGUGCCGCUGAAAUUCCUCUCGUCAUGGACUACGCCUUUUACAUAGCCCGCAACGGCAGACCCGGACCCGUCUUUGUCGAUCUGCCCAAGGAUUUGCUCAACCAGAUUCUCACCGGAGAUCUCAUCAACUCAUUUAUCGACGCCGAGAAUCCCGGAGACGAAACAUCCUUUGCGCGCUUGCAAAAAAUGUACCGCCCGGACGGAGAAGUUUUCCAAGCCCUCCACUUGGGAACCGGUGGCAAGGGUUUGCCCUUUGAAAUAUACAAGGACGAAGCCGCGCCGCAAAACACCCCCACGUACAAACUCAAACCCGUCACACACGCCAACACCGUGGACUCCUACCACGCCGAUCACCAUCCCAGCGACCGUGUCAUACGGACCGGCAAAGUCGUCGCCGGUGAACACCUGCCCAACGAACAAGGCCCCCUCCAGGUUGGUGGAGAAAUGACCAAGAAAAUUACGGAUCUCAUCAUGAAGGCCAAGAAACCCGUGAUCAUCGCCGGACAAGGCUGCAACGACGCUAGUGCCGAGUUGAAGAUCUUUGCCGAUCGCUUGCAAAUACCCGUCGCCACGACGCUGCACGGACUCGGAUGUUUCGACGAGCGCUCCGAACUCGCGCUCAACAUGGUCGGCAUGCACGGACACCCGACACCCAACUUUAUGGUCCAAGAAGCUGAUUUGAUCAUUUGUGUGGGCUCCCGCUUCGACGAUCGGAUUACUGGCCGCAUGAGUGACUUCGUCCCGGAAGCUCGUGUGGCGGAAGAAGAAGGCCGCGGUGGGGUCAUUCACGUGGAUAUUCGUCUGACGGAAAACGCCAAGCAGAUUUCUCCAACAUUCUUUGUGCAUUCGACGGGCAAGAAAUUCCUCGAAACCAUGAUUGAAUUCCUGGCCGGCAUGGACAGCAAGCCCAACACGUCAGCCUGGAUCAAGCGCAUGAAGGAAUUGCAAAAGGAAUACCCGGUCAAAAUCCCAUCCUUUCCGUCGGAGACCGUAUCGGUGACGAACGAAGACGGUAGCACGACGGAAACGACGCGCACCCGCGCGUCGGCGCAAUCCGUCGUGGCCGAGCUGGAUCGGCAGUUGUUGGCGGCCGACGCCAUGGACGACGCCAUCUUCACCACCGGCGUAGGCAUUCACCAGAUGGUUGCCGCACAGCUGAUCACCUGGACGCAACCGCGACAAAUGCUGAGUUCGGGGUCGCUGGGAACCAUGGGUGUCGCGCUGGGUUAUUCGAUCGGUGCGAAACUGGCGAACGCCGAUAAAAUGGUGAUUGCUGUCGACGGUGACGGUUCCUUCAACAUGACGUUUACCGAACUCAAGACGUUGGCCGAACAGGGCAUCCCGGUGAAGAUUAUGAUUUUGGACAACGACGGUCAAAUGAUGGUGGAAUACUGGCAACGUUUGUUCCACGACAAUCGCUUGAUUGCCGUGCGUAACUCGGCCAACCCCGACUAUUCCACGCUGGCCAAGGCGUUCGGCAUCAAGUCGGUGUACUGCGAUUGCGAGGAAGACCUAGAGGCGCGCAUGAAAGAAUUUCUGUUUGACGAUCCGGACGAGCCCGUGUUGUUCCACGUGCGCAUCGAGCGGACGCCGUGUCUACCGUUGGUGGCCCCCGGACAACCCCUGCAGGAUAUGAUUCUAGAAGACGUAGAGGUGGACGUGGACAAGUCGGCGGCGCCCAGCUAA